UUAUAAUUCAGCAAGUGCCAAAAGAAUUUCUUUUAUUAUGUUUUAAACUAUUGGGAGAUAAGAUAACAAAGCGAAUUCUAUGUUUAAUUAUUUGUAUGAUUCAACGUAAUUGCAACAUGAAAUUUUAUAUAUUUUUAUGCUUGUUCAUCCCAUACGUUGUCCCACAACGGAUUAGAAUACCCCAAAGUUUAGUUCAUUGCUAUCGAGGAAAUAAUACGGAAUAUUUUUUUCCAAGUUCAUUGCCAAUUUUUAUCGAUAUUGUGAGGAAAAUCGAACAAGCCUUUCCUACGAGUAUCGAUUUGAGGCAUUUGUCAUCGAGAUUAUUUCAUGAUCUCCGAAUCGAUGGCAUUCAAAGGUCACCAUUUGCAGUUGAGUCCGAUGAUAUUACAGUUUAUGGAGUAUCAGGAUUUAUGACCAAUAAAAAUAGAGUUUUACAGCAAGUAAUUUCAAAAGUAUCGGGGGAUAUAAAUUAUGAAGAGCUUUUAACGCCAACGGAACUUUGUAUUCUACAUAAACUCAUGAGCUCCUCUGUAGAGCCGUACGAACAAAUGAAUGAAUUAAGAAUUUGUCCAAGGGAUAUUUUAAAUACAACAUCAGAUCAAUCUAUUGUUAGAUCCAAAUCACCGCCUCUUUUCAUUCCAAAUCGAAGGGCAUUCAAUAAUCACACAAUUGUAGCACCAAAUUUUUCAAGAUGUCCUGUCGAAUUAGGUGUUGUGUAUAAUGAUCAUGGGUCUUUUCACCCCGGAGUAAUCAUCGCAUCAAUUGCAUCUGGUAUGCAGCCACAAAAUAUAAAAAUUGGUGACUUUGUAGCUGAAUAUAAUGAGCGUGAUAUUUAUGCAAAUCUUGAGACAAUGGAAGACACAGAUAAUCGACAGCGGGUCGAGAAAAUGUUAUCAUCAUUGAGUUCAAUCGAUAAUACAUAUGCAGCCGGGCUUGUAAGUGAUUUAGCUGAAGUGGUUUUAUAUCAAGGAGCCGAGCUGGGUCAUAAUUUUUCAAUUGGAUUUCCAGGAUUAUGGAAUGAUACAUAUUUUGCCAGAUGUCAUCAUUUAAAUGGCAGUAGAAGUGGAUUUUUUCAUCUUACAGAUUCGGAACUUUUGAGUGGACUCGAUGGACUUUUUAUAUCCCAACAAGUUGCAUCAUGGUCAACUCGUCUUCGACGCUUGAGAUUAUCACAAAUCCUUGAAAUGUAUUAUCUCCAUCAAGGCAUUUCAAUUCCAAUUAUUCAAACGACAAAUAAUAAUAAUUUCUUUAGUGGAAGACCAAAUAAUAACAAAGGAAGUAAGGAUGAAGAGAAAAAUGAUGAAGAAGAUCCGAAAUUUGCUGGAAAACCUCUUUUUCGUAAAGCCUUCAAUUACAAAGUUCUAAAUGAAGAAUUAAUGGAUAUUGAUGUUAAUUAUCUAUCACGAUUCUCAGUUGUUGAAGGAAUCAAUUCUGUUUGUCAUCGUCAAAAAAUCAUUGAAAUGAUUGACAUAGACAAAUUAAAGGAUGAGACGUAUAAUUUUAUUCAAAUCUUAGAAGUUGUCACAAAGACACCAAUAAUUACUCUCACACUCCUCAAAGACUUUUCAAAUACAGUCGUGGAUAGAAUUAUGGAAUAUGCUAAAAAUCUAGUCGCUUCCACAAGCGAUUGCACUAAAAAGCCAAUUAAUAUAAAGAAAUCACGUAUUGAUUUAACAUUAAUAAUUGAUGGAUCAAGAAGCUAUUACGAGAAUUUACAACUCAUUAAUUAUAUAGCCGAAUUAAUUGGCGUUUCAAGAUAUGGCUCUUAUAUCUCGGUUGUUCAUGGAAAUAACGGAAACUACUUAGCAAAUAAGACAAAUAAUAUAGCUGAUUUAUUCGAGCAAUUGAGGAACUCGAGCUUUAAUGUUCCAUUUAGAUUAUCAAUUCUAAAUUCUCUAAGCAGUGUCAUGACUAAAAUGUCAGAACAGCUUCAAGAAGAAAAAUCAUCUGGCAGUUAUAUGGAAUUAAGUAAAGUAAUUCUGUUAGUAUCUCAAUCCCACCGUAUCAGUCAAUUGGAUUUUGAGAAUUCUCAAUGGCUUUUAAGGAGUUCAAUGCUACAAUUUCCUGAUUUAUAUUUCGUGUUUCUAUCAAAUGAUGUAAACACAUUUCAAGAAAUGAUUAAUGGCAAUAAUGGAAAUCCAGUUACAUCAGCGAGAAUGCUCAUUGAAACUGCUGAACGAUACCGUUUCGUGGAUGCUUCUUCCACAAGCAUAUCGACGUUUGAAAAAUCUUUAGAGUCAGCAAUUACCGUAAUUCCAAAGCGUAUCGUUUCACCCUUUUGUCAUUAUGAAAAUAAUAACAGAACAGCAUCGUACAUCCGAGAUGAGUUUGAGGAUUAUGCAAUGCCUAAUGUCGAUUUAUUGUAUCGAAUAAGUCCGUACUAUCUUCUUGGCUCAGACGAGACUCGCGUAAGAUUUCAAGGGGUUGGAUAUGGUGAUUUAUCCGUCUGCACAUCUCGAUAUUUUAAUAUGACAGACAAAGAAUGCAAAUCCAUUCAGGAUAUUGAAAAUGUUUGGUUCAACAUCACCCAGCCAUGUCUUAAUCAUCACGUCUCGGACGGAUGUUUAGGCAUUUAUUUUUCUGUUUCUGUAGAAACAACUUAUGUUAGAUGUAGUGAAUACACGUGCAGAUUUCCCGACGACGUACGAUUUAAUGUUCGACCUGAAGGACUUCGUUGUGAAACAAAUUCUUCGCCGAAAAAUUUUAUUUUCUCAUCAACAUUAACGUACGUCAUUGUCAGCUUUAUGGUUUAUUUAUUAAAAUUAUCGUAAAAUUAUUUUUGAAACUGUAAAUUAUAAUUAAGGAAGUCAAUUAGAAAUAAAAUGUAUUUUUGUAAGGUUCA